AGAAUCCUUAGUCCAGACUUAAGUUCAGGCAAACACAGACCACUGAAUACAUAACACAAAAUAACUCUUUAAAAUGCAGUAUUAUUUAGUAAUUAAUUCUGCCUCAAAACUGGUGCACGGCAGGGCUGUAUCUGCAAUGUAAAAACCCCAUGUCCCCUUAGUUAAUUUUAUUAAUUAACAGAGACAGGUGAAUGCCAACCAUGUCACACCAUGACACUGUUCUCUGAUCGGCUUGCAGACAACAGAAGGGUUACAUUUUAAUUAUAAAAGCAUGGCGCCAUACAACAGUAAACAAAUCCCAGCAUAAAAAUUCAGCGCCCACCCUCAAAAAAAGCAGCAGCAGACUCAAAACAGGCUGAGAGCUGCAUAAGGUCAUUAAAAGUACACAGAUGACCUAAAUUUCAGCUGAUUUCAGAAGUUAAGCAUUUUAAACCCUGGGGGGAAAGAAGUGCCUCUUUGCUAUUGCAAAAGACUCCAAAGUCUUUUCAUAUGGCUACAGCAAAGGUCACUUUGCUCCACCUCUAAGGUGUGGCUCCUUUAAGCAACAAGAGAGAAGCAAAAGGAGGAACUAGAGAAAAGAAAGCGAAACUGGACUCUGCAAUCUGUCAGCAGAGAUGGCGGAGGGUUUUCAGCAAGAUCUGACUUGUUCCGUCUGCCUCGACGUGUUUACUGAGCCGGUGCUGCUUCGAUGUGGGCACUGCUUCUGCCAGAAGUGCAUCACCUCCUCCUGGGACAGCCAAGGGGGAGCUCCUAGCUGCCCUGACUGCCGGGCCCCCUGUCCUGACAGACAUUUCACACCCAAUCACUUGCUGAGAAACUUGGCCCAAAAGGCAAGAGAGGCCCAGGAGGAGGUCCCCGAGAAGAAAGCGCGAGAAGACCCAGAAAAUCACGAAGAGACGCCGACAGGCAGAAGCAGCCCGGGUGCUGAUCAGGGGUUGCUCUGCGCAAAACACGCUCGCACUUUGCAGCUCUUCUGCCUCACCGAUGAGGACCCCGUUUGUUUGUGCUGUGUGGAUUCGCCUGCCCACGCCGGACACAAGUUCAGCUCCUUGAAAGACGCUGCUGAGCAGUACAAGCGGAAGCUGGACAAGGUUCUGGGUUGCCUGGAAACCAGAAUUAAACAACAAGAGCAACAGGAAGGAUGUCAAGAAGAAAACAUACGUUCCUUGAGAAACUCAGCUGAUUCCCUUCGCAAGACGAUUGAGGACGACUUCGCUGAGCUGCAGCAAUUCCUGAGCCAGAGGAAAGAUGCAGUACUGGCCCAGCUAGAUGAGGAUGAAAACGCUGCGCACGUGAACAUGGUGGUGCAUCUCUGGGACAUCCGGGAGGGCCUGUCUGAAGCCAGAGAGAUGAUGAGCCAGGGAAAGGCCAAAAUAGAGCAGACGGAUUCAGCUGCCUUUCUCCUGGGUGUCCAGGAGCUCCUGAAGAAGCUCCCUGCUGAAAAGGAGGCUGAGGACGUAGGAAACCAGGCUGACCACUCUGCUGUUUGCAGGGAACUCUGCCUGGGCAAGUUCAAGGGUCCACUGCAAUACCUAGCAUGGAAUAAGAUGAGAUCCAUCGUCAGAACAGAAGUAGAACCGGUCAACCUGGACUGCGGCACUGCUCAUCCCGAAUACACUUUCUUAUUGCAAAAACUAUCGUACGGCGUUUGGAUUGUUUAA